UUGUGAUUAGGCAAUGAUUAUCACUAACUGUGUGUUUUAGGUGAUCAGGAACAAGUCAAACACUCUGCUAAAACACUCUUAACAACUAUUGCACACAAACACAUCUAAUCUGAUGCUGGUUUUAGAUCAAACAUUGAUCAAAACAAACAAUUUUUGUCAAGAUCAUCAAGAAUAUGAUAGACAGGCAACAACAGCCUAGGAGGGCUCAAUCCACUACUGUAUUCUUUCUUGCAAUCCUCAUCAUCAUUGGCUUGAUCACUCAAUGGCUUGAUGUUUCAAUAAUCAGAGGAUCACUGCUGAAGAAAUUUCAUGUCCAAGAUUCAUCCUACAUAUAUUCAGAAGAAUUUGAUUGCUCUCUCAACUGCUCAAACAUAUCAUCACCUUUAAAAAAUGAUAACAUAGAGAGCUCAUCAGCUAAAGCAUGUCCAGACUACUUCAAGUGGAUCCAUGAAGAUCUAAGGCCAUGGAAGGAAACCGGGAUCUCAAUGGAGAUGGUCGAGGAGGCCAAGAAUGUCGCGCAUAUUAGGAUCAUUGUAGUGAAUGGGAGACUAUACACAUUGAGGUACAAGAAAGUCUUUCAGACCAGAGAUGUUGUGACCAUAUGGGGGAUCUUGCAGCUCCUUAGGCUGUACCCGGGCAGGCUGCCGGACUUGGACCUAAUGCUCGAGUGUGGGGAUAGGCCCGUGAUCAAGAAACGCGACUAUGGAGGUCUAGAAGCUUCCCCCCCUCCUCCAUUGUUUCACUACUGUGGAGAUGAGUUGAGCCAUGACAUUGUCUUUCCUGAUUGGUCCUUCUGGGGUUGGCCAGAGCUGAAUAUCAAGCCAUGGCAGGUGCUGAAGCAGGAGAUUCAAGAAGGCAACAGACGAGUCGAGUGGAGGGAUAGAGAGCCUUACGCUUACUGGAAAGGGAACACGAGGGUGGGAGCUGCACGUCGCGACUUGGCAAAAUGCAAUGCCUCUGAUCAAGAUGACUGGAAAGCUAGGAUCUUUGAAAUGGACUGGAAUGAAGAGAAGAGGCAAGGCUUCAAGAAUUCUGAUAUGGCAAAUCAGUGUAAUUACAGAUACAAGAUUUAUGUUGAAGGAGUUAGCUGGUCUGUUAGCCAGAAGUAUAUCUUAGCUUGUGACUCCAUGGCUUUGAUCAUAAAACCUCGUUUCUACGAUUUCUUCACGAGGAGUCUGCUGCCCUCGAUCCAUUACUGGCCUAUCAACACCAACAGCAAGUGUGAGUCAAUCAAAUUUGCAGUUGAAUGGGGCAACAGAUACACAGACAAGGCUCAGGAGAUUGGAAGGGCAGGAAGUAACUUUGUUCAAGAAAAUCUUAAAAUGGAUUAUGUUUAUGAUUACUCUUUCCACCUACUAAAUGAGUAUGCAAAGCUUUUGAGGUACAAGCCGACUGUCCCUCAAGGGGCCGUUGAGACGUGCUCAGAGGCGUUGGUGUGCUCUGUUAGAGGACAGAAGAAGAGAUACAGACUACAUUCCAUGGUCAAGAGCUCGUCCGGUUCACCUCCGUGCCAUCUGCCUCCCUCGUUCGAGCCAGAGGAUGUUCGCGCUUUCAUUGAGAGAAAAGAGAAUCUCACAAACCAGGUUGUCUUGUGGGAAAGAAGUGAAACUCACAGCAACUGAAGGAGGAGAGUAUUUUGAUUUAGGACUAUUACAACUACUUGAAAAUUAUAUAUAUAAAAAAUUCAGACUCCUUUUCUAUGUAAUGUUUUAGUAUAAAUCAAUGUUACUCUUUUAUGACA